UUUGGAGUUUAUCCUACAAUGAAAGUAAAAAUUGUUUUGUUGGUGUUUUGUGUGACAUUUUGUAUGACUCAGCCUUGUAAUAAAUUAUUAACAUGGCAAGAGUUUGUGGAUAUAAUUGAAGAUAUUCCUAAAGAUGACAGAUACGAUUUUAUUUAUGAAAACUAUCUAAAAGGUUAUAGAAUUGUGUAUGAAGACCAUAUUCCUUUAGAGAUACUGGAUGAAAAAUGUAAGCUGUCAGUAGCAAUCUGCAUAGUAAUCACCAAAAAUCUUUAUAAAAAUGCUAAUAGUUUCAAAUACUUAUUAGAAACUAGACAGGAAAUUUGCUUUCCGCAUCCUAUUGGAUGCAUUAACCCAAAUGAUCCUGGAUUGAGACCAUAGAUUUUAGUAUUCAUUUGCCUUAAUCCACCACAAGUUCAAAAUAAUAGUUUUGACAUUAUCGUUAUCAGUUUUAGUAGUAUUUGAAACGCACUUUAUAGUUGGAUGUCAUACCUACUACCUAUAUCACUAUAAAUAAAUAUUGUAAAUCAAAAUUUGGUUUAAAAAUAAAAGUUGCAACAAAUGUAUGUGAGGUAAAUCAUUCAUUAUUUCAAAAGACAAGAUAAUCCCUAUCAUGAUUAUGAUGAAACGGUUUUGUUAAUCGAAUAAAAAAUUAUGCAGUUUUGAUUGCAGCAAUGAAAAUACAAAACUUUAACCAGCAAUAGCUUUUUUAUUGAAACCUAAAUCUUCUACAACUCUUUGGCAUCUCAAACAAAGUCCAUUUUCAACUAAUGACUGCACCAAUCUACACCUUGGACAACUAAAUUUGUCGCUUUUUGAUAUUUCAACGUAAAACUUGUUAGUUUGCCUUAACUCUACGUUUGCCACUUGUAACAAAUGUCUCAAGUCUUGAUGAUCAAAUUUCCAAUUUCCAUUUAAUCCAACUACAACCUCACUAUUCAAAGACCCUCCAGCCUUAUUAACUUCUUUUCUAACUUCCAAAACAAUCUCCAUAGCUUUUUGUAUUUCGAAAUUCUGCCACUCUAAUUGGGGCUUUAGUUUUUCACUAGUAAAAAAACUCUGGCCUAAUUUUUGAGGCAAGUAGCUGUAAGUCUCUUCAAUUAAAUGAGGCAAGAUUCCUCCAACAAUAGAGGCAACAGUGUAAUACAAAUGCAGUAAAGUAAAUUGGGCAGAUCUUCGUGAAUCGCUAUUGGCUGGUUCACAGUACAAUCUGUCUUUAAUUGAAGUGAAGUAAAUUGCAGAUACUUGAUUGGUUAAUAGUGGAAUCAAUGAGGUGUUGAUUUUGUGGAAGUUGUACGAGUUUAUAUGGGAUUUUGCCUAAAAUAUUGUUAAUUUUUAUUAUGUAAUCAUUAAUUGAUUAAUUACCUUAUGGUAAAAUUCAUAUAAUUCAUGUAAGAUGUAGCGGUCACUGAAUUGAGUUUUUUGAAAGUCACUCUCUUGAUAUUCGUAGUCGGUUAAGGCACCAAUUGCAAACCUCAAUGCGCUGCGGAUUUUUUGAAUUUCAUCUUUUGAUUGGCUCAAUAUGUUAUCACUUACUGAGGCUAGGGAGACUUGAUUAGCAUGACAUGCUACCCACCAUCUAUAAAACUUUAAUCAGUAUAAUAAAUAUUAGGAUAUAUUCGUAU